CGCACCUCCAUUUCACGGGACAUUGCGCCUUGAUGAUUACAGAUUACAAAUAAAGAUCCGAAUUUGCCGUAAAACUCAAAUUAGUGUUUAUUGGACGUAAUUAAUUUUUUACAGAAUAAGGAGGAGGAGGAGGAGGAGGAGGAGCCGAAGAUUGAGGUCAAGUUUCCCCUCUGUGAAAUCGAUUGAAUGCUUUAACCGACAAGAAAAUCAGAAAUUCGAUCUGAAAUUUUUUUGAAUUUGAGAAACCGUAUUGUCAUUUUCUCAAAUCUUUGGUUCGCACCGGGGAUUCGAUCGGUUUGGCGCUCAGAUUCGGAGCACAUAUUCUGGUUUCACCAGCGUCAUUUGGUUGGUUUUUCAGAGGUGGACCUGAUAGCAUAAAGUCACAUUCAACUCAGAGUUGCUGCCUAAAUCUUGAGUGACCGUUGAAGUCGAUUUUCCAUCUUUGGAAAACAGAGAAGACGACUCUCCAGUUGUAAAUCUGCUCGGUGUUUGAAGCACUUGGAAGAUUAAAGGAGGAAAGUGAAGUAUAUGAAGGAAGGUAUAGGUUACAGAUGUUGGGGAGCCAGUCCACUGAUUCCACUGACAAUGUGGAAGACAAGGAGGUCCGACAAGUGUGUGCAAAUGGAAUUUGCAUGAAAACUACAGAUGUUGAAGCAAAACUAGAUGAGGGAAAUAUUCAAGAGGCAGAAUCUUCAUUAAGAGAGGGCUUGUCGCUCAAUUUUGAGGAAGCAAGAGCUCUUCUUGGAAGGUUGGAGUACCAAAGAGGCAAUAUAGAAGGUGCCCUUCGUGUCUUUGAUGGCAUUGAUCUUCAAGCUGCCAUACAGCGAUUCCAACCUCCUCCUCCUGAAAAGUCUACGAGAAAAGGUCGCACCCGGGGUGAUUCACAGCAUGCCAUCUCACAACAUGCUGCUAGCCUAGUGCUGGAGGCCAUAUACCUAAAAGCUAAGUCUCUCCAAAAGCUUGGAAGAUUAACUGAAGCUGCUCAUGAAUGUUCAAGCGUACUUGAUGCUGUUGAGAGAAUAUUCCAACAGGGCAUACCGGAUGUGCAAGUGGAUGCCAGAUUACAAGAUACAGUUAGCCAAGCAGUAGAACUCCUUCCAGAGCUCUUGAAGCAGGCUGGUAAGUGUCAUGAGGCAAUGUCUGCUUACAGACGUGCCCUCCUCAGCCAAUGGAACCUUGACAAUGAUUGCUGUGCAAGGAUUCAGAAGGCUUUUGCAGUAUUUCUGUUACACUGUGGAGUGGAAGCUGGGCCACCCAGUUUAGCUGCCCAAAUUGACGGUUCUUACAUUCCAAGAAAUAAUCUGGAAGAGGCAAUUCUGCUUUUAAUGAUUCUUAUGAAGAAAUUUCACAUUGGAAAGGCCAAAUGGGAUCCAUCAGUCAUUGAGCACCUAAAAUUUGCACUCUCUCUUUGCGGCCAAACUUCUGUUUUAGCGAAACAACUUGAAGAGAUCAUGCCAGGAGUAUUCAAUCGCGUUGAGCGUUGGAAUACGUUAGCUCUUUGCUAUAGUGGAGCAGGGCAAAGUGAUGCUGCCUUGAACCUAUUGAGGAAGUCUCUCCAUAAACAUGAGCGGCCUGAUGACCUCAUGGCUCUAUUGCUAGCUGCCAAGAUCUGCAGUGAAGACUCUCUUCUUGCUGCUGAGGGAGUGGGUUAUGCUCAGAGGGCCAUUGCCAAUUCUCAGCAGAUGAAUGAGCAUUUGACUGGUGUGGGGCUUCGAAUGUUGGGAAUUUGUUUGGGAAAGCAAGCAAAAGUUUCAUCCUCUGACUUCGAGAGAUCUCGACUUCAGUCUGAAGCACUGAAGUCAUUAGAUGGAGCUAUUGCUUUUGAGCACAAUAAUCCAGAUCUGAUUUUUGAGUUGGGGGUUCAAUAUGCCGAGCAACGGAAUCUAAAUGUCGCUUUGCGUUAUGCAAAGCAAUUUAUUGAUGCAACAGGAGGCUCAAUAUUGAAAGGUUGGAGAUUGCUAGCUCUAAUUUUGUCAGCCCAACAACGAUUCUCUGAAGCAGAGGUCGUAACUGAUGCUGCCUUAGAUGAGACUGCAAAGUGGGAGCAAGGGCCAUUGCUUAGGCUGAAAGCCAAGCUGAAAAUCUCCCAGUCAAGACCCAUGGAUGCCAUUGAAACAUAUCGUUAUCUCCUUGCAUUGGUCCAAGCUCAAAGAAAAUCAUUUGGUCCUCUUAGAAGUAUUUCCCAGGUUGAAGAUGACAAAUUCAACGAGUUUGAAGUUUGGCAAGGUCUUGCAAAUUUAUACUCUAGCCUUGCACAUUGGAAGGAUGUGGAGGUAUGUUUGGGGAAAGCCAGGGAACUGAAACAGUUCUCUGCAGAAAUCCUGCACACAGAAGGUCUUAUGUGUGAAGGACGUGGACAGUUCCGGGAAGCGCUUGCUGCUUAUAUCAAUGCUCUCUUACUUGAACCGUCCUAUGUCCAUUGCAGAAUAUUGAUUGGCGCUUUGAUGUUCAGGAGAGGCUCAAUGGCAUUGCCUGUGGCGAGAAGCUUACUUUCAGAUGCAUUGAGGAUAGAACCUACCAACCGAAUGGCUUGGUAUUACUUGGGCUUGGUUCACAGGGAUGAUGGUCGAAUAGCUGAUGCCACAGACUGCUUCCAGGCAGCCUCCAUGCUUGAAGAGUCUGAUCCUAUUGAAACCUUUAGCUCUAUUCUUUGACUAACUCCCAUCAGAUUAAAGGUUAUAAAUAUUUAUAGUUCUCUGUUUUCUAAUAUCUAUUAGAUUUCUUUGUUUGUUCAUAUCUCCAUCUCUCUUGCUUGCCUUCUAAGCAUAUCCCUAUCAGCACUGCUCUGCAGGUCUUUGUUAGACCAGGUGCUCCAUGGUUUAAGAUGUGUUCAAAUGAAUUGUCUUUUCGCGGCCUA